GCCGUCCCCCCACAGCCGCCAGCGCCGAGCUCCGCGCCGCCACCUUCGGUCCGGGACCCUCUCUCCGCUGCUCUUCGCUCCCGCGAUGGGAAAAGUUGGCGCCGGCGGCGGCUUCCAAGCCCGGCUGAGCGCGCUCCUAGCCGGCGCGGGGCUCUUGGUCCUCUGCGUCCCGGGCGUCUUCGGCGGCGGCUCCUGCUGCCCCCCGCCGCACCCCAGCUCGGCCCCACGCUCGGCCUCGACCCCUAGGGGCUUUUCUCACCAGGGUCCGCCAGGCAGGGCACCUGCCACGCCCCUGCCCCUCGUAGUGCGCCGCCUGUUCUCAGUGGCCCCCGGGGACCGAGCGCUGUCCCUGGAGCGGGCUCGGGGCACUGGGGCAUCCGUGGCGGUUGCUGCACGCUCCGGCCGGAGGAGACGGAGCGGUGCGGAUCAGGAGAAGGCAGAACGGGGAGAGGGCGCGAGUCGGAGCCCCUGGGGAGUGCUAAGAGAUGGAGGGCAGCAGGAGCCUGGUACUCGGGAGCGGGACCCGGACAAAGCCACCCGCUUCCGGAUGGAGGAGCUGAGGCUGACCAGCACCACGUUUGCUCUGACGGGAGACUCAGCACACAACCAAGCCAUGGUCCACUGGUCUGGCCACAACAGCAGCGUGAUUCUCAUUUUGACAAAGCUCUAUGACUAUAACCUGGGGAGCAUCACCGAGAGCUCACUUUGGAGGUCAACCGAUUAUGGAACAACCUAUGAGAAGCUGAAUGAUAAAGUUGGUUUGAAAACUAUUUUGAGCUAUCUCUAUGUAUGUCCUACCAACAAGCGUAAGAUAAUGUUGCUCACAGACCCGGAGAUUGAGAGCAGCUUACUGAUCAGCUCAGAUGAAGGCGCAACUUAUCAAAAGUACCGGCUGAACUUCUACAUUCAAAGCUUGCUUUUCCAUCCCAAGCAAGAAGACUGGAUUCUGGCAUACAGUCAAGACCAAAAGUUAUACAGCUCUGCUGAAUUUGGGAGAAGGUGGCAGCUUAUCCAAGAAGGGGUUGUACCAAACAGGUUCUACUGGUCUGUGAUGGGGUCAAAUAAAGAACCAGACCUUGUGCAUCUUGAGGCCAGAACUGUGGAUGGUCAUUCACAUUAUCUAACUUGCCGAAUGCAGAACUGUACAGAGGCCAACAGGAAUCAACCUUUUCCAGGCUACAUUGACCCAGACUCUUUGAUUGUUCAGGAUCAUUACGUGUUUGUUCAGCUGACAUCAGGAGGGCGGCCACAUUACUACGUGUCUUACCGAAGGAAUGCAUUUGCCCAAAUGAAGCUUCCGAAAUAUGCUUUGCCCAAGGACAUGCAUGUUAUCAGCACCGAUGAGAAUCAGGUGUUCGCAGCGGUCCAAGAAUGGAACCAGAAUGACACGUACAACCUCUACAUCUCAGACACACGUGGUGUCUACUUUACCCUGGCCUUGGAGAAUGUCCAGAGCAGCAGAGGCCCGGAGGGCAACGUCAUGAUCGACCUCUAUGAGGUAGCAGGGAUAAAGGGAAUGUUCUUGGCUAACAAGAAGAUUGACAACCAAGUGAAGACUUUCAUCACAUACAACAAAGGCAGAGACUGGCGUUUGCUGCAGGCACCGGACACGGAUCUAAGGGGGGACCCCGUGCACUGCUUGCUGCCCUAUUGCUCACUACACCUUCACCUGAAGGUCUCUGAGAAUCCCUACACAUCAGGGAUCAUUGCCAGCAAAGACACAGCUCCAAGCAUCAUAGUGGCAUCAGGUAAUAUAGGUUCUGAAUUGUCAGACACUGACAUCAGCAUGUUUGUCUCUUCAGAUGCAGGAAACACCUGGAGACAGAUCUUUGAAGAAGAGCACAGUGUUUUGUACCUGGAUCAAGGUGGAGUCCUGGUUGCUAUGAAACACACAUCUCUCCCAAUUCGACAUCUUUGGUUGAGUUUUGAUGAAGGGAGAUCUUGGAGUAAAUACAGUUUCACAUCUAUUCCACUUUUUGUGGAUGGGGUUCUGGGUGAGCCUGGAGAAGAGACUCUCAUCAUGACAGUGUUUGGACACUUCAGCCACCGCUCUGAAUGGCAGCUGGUCAAAGUAGACUACAAGUCCAUUUUUGAUAGACGGUGUGCCGAAGAGGACUACAGACCCUGGCAGCUGCACAGCCAGGGGGAAGCGUGUAUCAUGGGAGCAAAAAGGAUAUAUAAGAAGCGAAAAUCAGAGCGGAAGUGUAUGCAAGGAAAAUAUGCAGGAGCUAUGGAAUCUGAACCCUGUGUCUGCACUGAGGCUGAUUUUGAUUGCGACUAUGGUUAUGAGCGACACAGCAAUGGCCAGUGCCUGCCGGCAUUUUGGUUCAAUCCAUCCUCUCUCUCAAAGGAUUGCAGCUUGGGACAGAGUUACCUCAAUAGUACUGGGUACAGGAAGGUGGUUUCCAAUAAUUGCACUGAUGGAGUAAGGGAACAGUAUACUGCUAAACCACAGAAGUGCCCAGGGAAAGCCCCGCGGGGGCUGCGGAUAGUCACGGCUGAUGGAAAGCUGACAGCGGAACAAGGACACAACGUCACUCUCAUGGUGCAAUUAGAAGAGGGUGAUGUUCAGCGGACACUCAUCCAAGUGGACUUCGGCGAUGGUAUCGCGGUGUCUUACGUCAAUCUCAGCUCCACGGAAGAUGGGAUCAAACACGUCUAUCAGAACGUGGGCAUUUUCCGUGUGACCGUGCAGGUGGACAACAGUCUGGGUUCUGACAGCGCCGUCCUGUACUUACAUGUAACUUGUCCCCUGGAGCACGUGCACCUGUCUCUUCCCUUUGUCACCACAAAGAACAAAGAGGUCAAUGCAACAGCGGUGCUGUGGCCCAGCCAAGUGGGCACCCUCACCUAUGUGUGGUGGUACGGAAACAACACGGAGCCUUUGAUCACCUUGGAGGGAAGCAUAUCUUUCAGAUUUACUUCAGAAGGAAUGAAUACCAUCACAGUGCAGGUCUCAGCUGGGAAUGCCAUCCUACAAGACACAAAGACCAUCGCAGUAUAUGAGGAAUUCCGGUCUCUUCGCUUGUCCUUUUCUCCAAACCUGGAUGACUACAACCCAGACAUCCCUGAGUGGAGGAGGGACAUUGGCCGAGUCAUCAAAAAAUCCCUGGUGGAAGCCACAGGGGUUCCAGGUCAACACAUCCUGGUGGCGGUGCUUCCCGGCUUACCCACCACUGCUGAACUCUUUGUCCUACCCUAUCAGGAUCCAGCGGGAGAAAACAAAAGGUCAGCUGACGACCUGGAGCAGAUAUCAGAAUUGCUGAUCCACAAGCUCAACCAAAACUCAGUACACUUCGAGCUGAAGCCAGGAGUCCGAGUCCUCGUCCAUGCUGCUCACUUAACAGCAGCCCCCCUGGUGGACCUCACUCCAACCCACAGUGGAUCUGCCAUGCUGAUGCUGCUCUCAGUGGUGUUUGUGGGGCUGGCAGUGUUCGUCAUCUACAAGUUUAAAAGGAGAGUAGCUUUACCCUCCCCUCCCUCCCCUUCUACUCAACCUGGUGACUCAUCUCUCCGAUUGCAAAGAGCAAGACACGCCACUCCGCCUUCAACGCCAAAGCGGGGAUCUGCUGGGGCACAGUAUGCAAUUUAAGGAAAACCCCCAAAGGCUACAGGCGACCUGCUGAUCAGGAAAGAAUUUCGCUCUUGUCAAGUACAUCAUCCUUCAUGACCACUAACUUUGUGUUUCUUUUCUUUCCUUUGUUGUUCUGUUUCCUGUUUUGCCAGGAAGUAUUUCCAUAGUUGCUGAGAAUCAAAGCACAAAAGAAAUCCCUACCUAUGUAAAUGUUUGAAUGGAGGACGCCAGUAAAAAAACAAAACAAAAACAAAACAUAAAAUAUAAACAAUCAAAAUCCAAACAAACAAACAAACACUCACUGCAUCGGGACUUUUUAAUUCUUCAGACACAGACAACAAGGGUUUUUAGCUUUAAGCCUGUGCAUGUGGAUGAUACUCUGAGAACAUGUCUGGAGGGGCAGUGUACAGGUGCUCUAUUUUAAUGGAAAACACUCCCCCCUCCCUCUUUCUUCUUCUCCUCUCUCUUUUUUCUGAUCGGUCGUGUUUGUAGAAAAUUCAUAACAUAUAUAGGCCAAGGAAAUCUGCAUGUAUUUUUGGAAAUAUUCUUGGCUCCAGAUUAUCAGCUAUUUUAGCAUUAAAGGCUGAUGGGUAGAUUAGCUACCCCAGCUCCUUUCGUAAGACACAAAGACAUGCACAGGAGUUUGAAACCCUGAGCUGUUUCUCUGUUCCACUUUCCAUAUUGUCAUUUCCCUUCUAAGUUAGCUUUGGUAGCUCUGUUGGUCAGCAGUGGCCAUGAGGCUGCUUUCUGCACUCUCUGUGGCCACAGGAACAAAGAUACGAGUUGAAGAUCCCUUUGUGCCAGUAGAAUAAGGAAGGCAGGGAGGCAAAGCAUGUCAGAAACGGACCUUGGUUUCCUGUUCACCUCUUUCCACCAUGAUUGCCUCCCCUUGCAGCUUUCCCUACUCCUGCCCCAACUGCAGUAGGAAAUGGAAUCCCAUUAGUUACCCAUUGUCCUGUCUUCACAUUUGUUUGUCAUCUGUGUGUGACCAUGAUCUGUUGAUAUCUUUGAAUGUCUUCCUUCUAAACCCCAAGUAAGUUGUCCUUCAAGUGUUCUUAAUUUUUCUUCCCAAAUAUAUUGCUAGAUUCUGGACAUUAACCCUGAUGUUUCCUAAAUACUGGCCUGGCCUCUGCCGCCCCUGCCUCCACCACUCGCAAGUUUCUGAGCCCUUUGUCAGUUUUGUACAUUCCCAAGCAUGCCAGCUUCUGUGCCCAUGGACCU